UUCAAAUUCAUUCCUAUAUACAAAGAAGCAAAUCUAAAAUAAGUGUAUAAUUUUACAUUUUGUCUACUUAUGUUUGGUUUGUCUCUGAACUGAAGACAUACUGAAAUAGAAAAUGCAGCAGUAAAUGGUUUGUUUUGUGAGGGCAAAGACACCACAGUUUUGUCAGCAAAUGCACAGAAAAAUGAGAAUAGAGAAGACAAAUCAUUCUUUGACCACACAAUUCAUCCUGGUGGGAUUCUCAGAUCACCCAGACUUGAAGACACUUCUGUUCCUGCUGUUCUCUACCAUCUAUGUGGUCACUAUGGUGGGGAAUCUUGGGCUAGUGGCCUUGAUCUACAUGGAGCCUCGUCUCCACACACCCAUGUACAUCUUUCUGGGCAANCUGGCUCUGAUGGACUCCUGCUGCUCCUGUGCCAUCACUCCCAAGAUGCUAGAGAACUUCUUUUCUGUGGACAGAAGGAUUUCUCUCUAUGAGUGCAUGGCACAGUUCUAUUUUCUCUGUCUUGCUGAAACUGCAGACUGCUUUCUUCUGGCAGCGAUGGCNUAUGACCGCUAUGUGGCCAUAUGCAACCCACUGCAGUACCACACCAUGAUGUCCAAGAGGCUCUCCAUUCAGAUGAGCAUAGGCACAUUUGUAGCCAGUAAUCUGAUUUCUAUUCUUCAUGUAGGGUGUCUCUUAAGGUUAACUUUCUGUAAAUCAAAUCGCAUUGAUCAUUUCUUCUGUGAUAUUCUUCCCCUGUAUAGACUCUCCUGUACAGACCCAUUUAUCAAUGAAUUAAUGAUAUAUAUUUUUUCAAUGCCAAUUCAAUUUCUUACCAUUACCACUGUCUUGGUCUCUUACUUCUGCAUUCUUCUCACUAUUUUCAGGAUGAAGUCCAAAGAUGGGAGAGGAAAAGCACUCUCUACCUGUGCAUCCCACUUUUUUUCUGUGUCAAUAUUCUAUGCCUGUCUUCUCAUGUAUAUUAGACCAUUUGAUGACAGUAAUAAAGACAUACCAGUGGCCAUAUUUUAUACAAUAAUAAUUCCUUUGUUAAACCCUUUUAUUUACAGCCUGAGAAAUACUGAAGUAGUAAAUGCUGUUAAUAAAGUUAUAAAGAUGUAUACCAUUUUUAAACGGUCUUCAGCUUCUGCAGCUCACUAA